AUGGACAGGGUCACACAGCUACAGGAAGCUCUCGACAAGACGGUGGCAGACUUUGCACAAGCCAUAUUAGCUUUGUCAAACGAGGUGCCACCAAAAGCUGAAGAAGAAGAGAAACCAGGGCAGGCUAGGCCAGCCGUCAUUCAAUCCACAUCCCACUCCUUUUUCCAAUCGAUCCAAAAUCUCACCCUUCUCGUAGACAACCUCCCCGGCAUCGAGCUCUCCGAACAAGCACAGCUAGCGCGAUUACGCGAGCUCGAUAGGGCGAAUAGCGCCGCUGAUGCGGAGCUGGAGGAGGCUAUUAUGGAAGCUGAUGAACUGCUGGCUGGAUUGGGGAGUACGACGGGUAUUUUGCAGAAGAAUGGAUAG